GGAGGCGUAUUUCAAUGCCCAGCUGCUUCGUCUACUACUGUGUAGCCUUCUUUCUUUCUUUCUUUCUUUGUAUUUCAAUUUCUCGAAAACCUUUUACUUUUUGCGCCAAUUUAGAAUUUGGAUACGCACAAGCCGACCGACCGAGCGGCAAGCAAGGGAGAAAACACAACAGUGGACACAAACGUAGGUAGUAGAGGUGUCAUUUCUCGUGAUUUGCAACGCCCCCUUCCCUUCCCUUCCCUUUUCUCUUCAUAUUUUGUCCUCUCUUUCUUCAUUCAAUUUCACCCACUCUCUCCCGUGCUCUCUUUACGCUAAUCACUCCAUCGCCCUCUUCUUUCCCCGAGCGCAUACGCACCCCCUAAACCCUAGUUUCCCCUUUUCUCUCUCCAUUUCUCCAGAAUUGGAUGUUGCAUGCUGAUCACGAUCAAUGAAAGCUCGAGUGCUCCUUAAUGUUUAAUAUGAUUGUGAACUCUUUGGAAGGGUUUGUGAUUUCGCUUUUGAUAUCCGGGAUUCUUCCUUUCCAUAAUCCUUCUGCCGACAUGGGUUGAAGAAAUAUCUCGGGGAAACUUCUAAGUUCACUCGGAUGCAUCUAGGGACAAUGGCCACGUUAUCUGGUACUAGUGAAAUUACGGAGUCCAUAGAAGACUUAAGUUCGGCAUCUGAAAUAGAUGAAAAUGCGCGAAGGCAGCAUCUGAUGAAGAUUGGGCAGAGGUAUCUUAUCGAGGAAGAUAUCAAUAGGCUUUUUGAGGCUAUAGAAAUAAGGAAUUCUCAUAGGGGUUUAAGUUCACCGGAACAGGGUGCUAAGAGUGCGAUGAAGAGGCCAAUGAGAACUUAUUCUUCUCAACCAUCGGGGAUUGGAAUUUCCGAGGCUGUAAGUUUGAAGCAAGCGUUUAGAGGAUUAUGCAUUUCUCAGGCGUCAGAGAUGGCUGCCAUGAAAAAGCGGUUGUCAAGACCGUCUGGGUUUUCUGCAGUUCUUGAAGCGGGAGCUAUCAAGAGAAUGAAUGGGGGGCCCACAGCAGUUGAAGCUGGUGAUCCUGGGCAUCCCGUUGAUAAAAAUAAGGGGAAACUAGUGCAGAUAUCCCUUGUUCCUGAUGGGAGCACGCCAAAUUCUUCGGAUAAGAUGCCCGGAUUUGAACAUGUGCCGGGGGCACAACACUCUGCUCGUUCUCCUCCUCUUUCUAGAGAUGCAAUUGCACGAGAGGCGAAAUUGACUAAAACGCCUACUGAAAUUGGUGCCGUUCCUCUUUCUCCUCCCGGUGGUUGUGAAUCCUCAAAAAUCACGUUGGAACACUCCAAGAGACCUAAACUUCCCGAGCCUUCCGUUCCCUCUUCUGCGAAUGUGAUGCUCCCGAUUCUAGAUGAGAUAGUACCCUCCACCGAUGCUACAAGUAGUGUAGUUCAAUCAAAUCGGGAGCAAGAAGGCAGUUCGAAUCAUAAAGCGUUAUCUGUUCUUAAUGCGGGAAGUAAGGUCAUCGGACGUGCUUGCAGCAGUCCACGGUUGAUCAAACCAACUUUCAGAAGCAAAACCUUUGCUAAGAAGAAAACAUCUUCAAACUCAACUUCUCUUUCAAGCAGUUCCAGUCGGUUCAAACCAGAAUCAGCUUCGAAGAAUGACCAUAAAAACACGAGUAUAAAAUCCACACCAUCCCGUACUACUGCAAAUACGGCAAUGGAAUCAAGUUCAUCCUCUUUGGAGUCUAGUAUUACUAAACCGGGUCUUGGCUCGAACGGUUCUAGUAAAACAAGAAAUGUCAUUACAAAACCUGAUGAAAGAUCAAGCUCGAGGGAAAAAUGGGAGAUAUCUCAGAGCUCAAAAAGUAGCAUUGGGGAUUAUAGCAGCACCACAAGCCUUAGCGAUGAAAGCUAUCUCAGUGGAUCUAAUCGCAGUGGGUAUAGGCCUCACAUGUCAAAAGAUAUGAGAUGGGAAGCCAUUCGUUGUGUCGAGAGGCAGCACGGGAAUGUAGGGUUGAAGCAUUUUAAAUUACUAAGAAAGCUCGGUGGCGGUGACAUUGGGAGCGUUUACCUGUCUGAACUACUCGACACGAGCUGCUUAUUUGCUCUGAAGAUUAUGGAUAAUGACUUUUUGGCCAGCAAGAGAAAGACAGCAAGAGCUCAAACCGAAAGAGAAAUAUUGCAAAUGCUGGAUCACCCGUUUCUCCCCACACUCUAUGCCCAUUUCACGACCGAUAAAUUCUCAUGCUUAGUGAUGGAAUAUUGUCCGGGCGGUGAUCUGCAUGUUCUCCGUCAAAAGCAACCAAGCAAGAACUUCUCUGAACAUGCAGUUAGAUUCUAUGUUGCUGAAGUUCUUCUUGCACUUGAGUACCUUCACAUGCUUGGCGUUGUGUAUCGAGACUUGAAACCGGAGAAUAUAUUGGUUCGAGAAGAUGGUCAUAUCAUGCUUUCCGAUUUCGAUUUGUCCCUGAGAUGUGCUGUGAACCCAAAACUGCUCAAAUCUUCGUCUCCUGUUGGGCAGCCUCCGAAGAAGAUGUCGAGUCCGUGUUCAGACUCGAGCUGCAUCGACCCUUUCUGCCUUCAUCCAUCGUGGCAAGUAUCUUGCUUCACCCCGAGGUUCUUAUCCGCAGCAGCUAAAACACGCAAGCUAAAAGCGGACAUAGCUGCCCAAGUAACCCCGCUGCCGCAGCUUGUAGUCGAGCCAACGAGUGCCCGCUCCAAUUCCUUCGUGGGGACGCACGAAUACCUGGCUCCCGAGAUCAUAAAAGGAGAAGGUCACGGCAGCGCUGUAGACUGGUGGACUUUCGGAAUAUUCAUGUACGAGCUCCUCUAUGGAAGGACGCCUUUCAAAGGGACGACAAACGAGGAUACUUUGGGCAAUGUAGUAUCGCAAUGCCUCAAGUUCCCCGAGACCCCAAUGAUCAGUUCUCACGCCAGAGACCUAAUCAGACGAUUGUUGCAGAAGGAACCCGAGAACAGGUUGGGAUCUUCUAAAGGCGCAACCGAGAUCAAGAACCAUUCGUUCUUCGAGGGAUUGAACUGGGCCUUGAUAAGAUGUGCAACCCCACCUGAAAUGCCCAGAAUCUUUGAUUUGGGAAACCUAAUUUCUGACACAAACUCACAGAAUAAGCAGGGUGGGAAGUGUCAGAAAGAAGGCACAAGUGGUGAGGAAAAUAUUGAGUUUGAGAUGUUUUAACCAUACUAUGAGAGAGAGAGAGAGAGAGAGAAUAGAAUAGAUUAGGUUUUUCCACUAUUACCCCCAUGUACAUCUUUAAUCCUUGUAAGUGCUUUAUAUAGCAAAUAGUGUACAUGCAAUGUUUCCUGUUUGUUGAAAUGUGGUAUGCAUUCCAAAUAUCAGAUUUCUCAUCUC